AUAUGGCUAUUUCUCUUUGGUAGGAGUCGGCCCUGAGGAAUCCCCCUACAGGAAACAGUGAGGAAGAGGGAAACACCUCAUCUUUGAGGCAGGAUGGAAUGUGGGUGUGUCAGCAUCCAUACUGCGGUUACACCACUCAGAAAGCCUCCGUUCUCCGUGGACACAUGAGAAUUCACACAGGGGAGAAGCCCUAUAGUUGCCCCUAUUGCCCUCAUAGAACAGCACAGAAGGGCAACCUCAAUGCUCACAUUAGAUACAAGCACAGGCUUUUUGCCAGAGAAACACAGAGGUACAAGUACAGUCUCAUCCCAAACAGUGUGUCUAUCAGGAGCUCCAGCAUAGAGGAUGAACCGCAGGCAUAAAGGACUCUUGAGACUGAUUCUUGAAAAGAAAGUCUUUUUUUUAUUGUUGUCUUCUGUAAAAUAUCAUGCACCUUCACUCAGUUCUGCAGUGCAUGGAGAGGAAAAUAGCAGAAACAGACAGCUCCCUUUCCUGUCACAUUUAUCUAAGAUGGAAUUGUGUACUGAACAAUGGGUAUUGUUUAUUCUUUGUAUGUAAGAGUGGAAUCUCACAAUUCAUCAGUGAUUUGACGUAAAAAAAGAUGCAAAGAUUAAAAAAGCUUAAAGGUGUGAUUUCUCUAUUGUAGGGUCCUGCUCCCUUGUACAGUGAUGGCCAUAAGACCCAUCAGUGUGUGGUGUGUUUCAAGAUAUUUCCCAAGAAGGAUAACCUAGUCAAGCAUCAGCGGACCCACACUGGGGAAAGGCCCUUCAGCUGUCCCUAUUGCGAUUUCCGAGGUUCGCAGACAUCUACAGUGAAAAGGCACAUUGACAGGAAGCAUACAGCUCAUGGUCAUUGGCAUAUGAUGGCUCCACGUUGAAUGAUGAUGUGCGAGGCAGUUAUAGGCGAAGCCAGUUUGGAAGUAGGUGUGGCAGUGGAGCGACGGCUGGCAUGGCUGGCGGCACCAGAGGGGCACAAGUUGAAGGUGGAACUCACCCAUGUGUGCUGUGCCAGAAGCGCUUCACCAGCCGCCAGGACCUGAGACGCCACGUCCGCACUCACACAGGAGAGAGGCCAUACCAGUGUCCGCUUUGCCCUCACCGUGCAGCGCUCAAGGGCAACAUCAAGAAGCACAUCAUAGCAGUCCACAGAGACAUAACCCCGACUGCAGCUGAGGCUGCAGCAGUUCUUGAGAAGGAAUCAUUCCAGGCAGCUGACAACAAUGCUGGUGUUGCUACCGCCUCCACUACUGGUGUUGGUGUCGAGCUCUUACAGAACUGUUCUUACUCACCAGAGAGUUUCCCUAAUUGUUGAAGGAUGUGUGGAAGCUUUGUAGAAGAUUUUUGUUUCUAUCAGAGAGAUAUUAAGUAAUUUCUAUGUUUGGUUAUAAUCCUCAUUACCAUCUUGAAUAUUAUUUAUGAAUUGAUAUAUGAGACAUUAUCUUUUUUAAGUGAUAUAUGUAAGCAUCCUUACUGGUAGUUCUUAGCUAUAUCUAUGAUAUAUUGAUUUAAGUUACAGUGUAAAAAGAAAUACCAGGCACACCUCAUAACCCAAAAGUGAAUGAAAAUGCAUUAGGGAUAUGAUAUACAAGGUUUGCCUGUAUAACAGUUCAGUACAAGCACUAUUACACAAGUAAACUUCCUGAAGAAGUA